ACGCUGCAGGCAGCGGCAGGGCUCGUGCUGGAGUUUGACGUGGCACUCUCAGUCCGCGGUGUCUGCCUCCCUCCGCUACUCCGCUACUCUCACCGACCGCUCUCCGCUCCACAGCCGCCCUCAGAGGUGUAGAUCAGACUCAAAGGGCCAAAGCAACAGCUUUUUUUUGGCUUAUUUGUUGAUAUGACUUCUGACUUCUGCAGCUAAAGGCCUUUGCAAGCAACAAAAUCACUCCACACUCCACUGAUAUUCUUCCAACCUGGAAUGAAAGAACUCUAACAGGACGAUGAGCCAGCAGGGUUAUGUCACAACACCUCCUUACUCCCAGGCCCAGCCGGGAAUGGGGGGCUACCCCACUGGAUUUGGGGCCCCUCCUCCACAGUCUCACUAUGGACACUAUGGAGCCCCACCCCAGUCCUUUGGUGCACAGCCUGCAGGUAUGCUGAAGCCAGCAGCUUCGUCUCCCUCUGGGAUGCCUCCACCACCUGUGUCCAGCCAGUACGGAUCGUCCAUUCAGCAAAAUGGCGCACACCCUCAGAAGUUCCCUUCCCCUCCAGCAGUCUCUGCUCCUGCCAUGACUGCGUAUGGACAGCCCCCUCAGAGACCAGCCUACCCCAGCAUGACUCAAGCCGCACCUCCUAUGCAGCAGAUGACCAAUCAGAUGGGUGCCAUGAGCAUUGGUGGAUAUGGCCAAAGCCCCAUACAGUCUCCACAGUCACCCACCAGUUCAGCAGCCUCACAACCUUUCCAGAUGCCUUCACUACCAGCCAUGGGACAUCCACCCCUUUCUCCAGCAGGCCUUCAAUCUCCUACAAUGAGCCCGCCAAUGUCCACCAAUGGUUCAGCAGCUCCAUCACCUUUCCAAAUGUCUUCACCACCAACCAUGGGGCAUCCACCCGUUUCUCCAACAGGCUUUCAGCCCCCUGCCAUGAGUGCAUGUCCACCAAUGGCAGCUGGACCACCCAUGGGUGCUGCAGGAGCUCCACCAAUGGGAAUGCCUAACACACAGCCAGGCCUUCCUCCGACGGGUGGUGGUGGGUUUCAGCAGCAAACAGGACCUCAGGGAUUUCCACAACAGCCAGGGCCAUAUGGAGGGCAGAUGCCAGGGUCACAGAUGGCAGGGCCACAGGCAGGUGCUUUCCCAGGAGGCUUCCCUGGAGGACCUGCCAACAUGGCAGGACCACCUCAGAAGAAACUGGACCCAGACUCCAUACCCAGCACAACUCAAGUGAUUGAAGAUGACCAGGCUAAGAGAGGUGGUCAGCUCUACACCACAAACCUCAGGGGUCAGGUGCCUCCUUUGGUCACAACCAAUUUCACAGUCCAAGAUCAAGGAAACGCGAGUCCAAGAUUCAUGCGAUGCACAACCUACUCAUUCCCGUGCACCACUGACCUUGCCAAGCAGUGCCAAGUGCCACUGGCCACUAUCAUCAAACCUUUUGCCAAAGUUCCCCAAAAUGAAACUCCUCUGUACGUGGUGAAUCAUGGAGAGGCAGGACCUAUACGCUGCAACCGCUGUAAGGCCUACAUGUGCCCCUUCAUGCUCUUCAUUGAUGGAGGAAGACGCUACCAGUGCGCCUUCUGCAACUGUGUUAAUGAAGUUCCUGUCCAGUAUUUCCAGCAUCUGGACCAUAUGGGCCGAAGAGUGGACCUAUACGAAAGGCCAGAGCUGUCCCUAGGCUCCUAUGAGUUCACUGCUACACUGGAUUACUGCAAGAACAAUAAGCCUCCCAAUCCUCCAGCUUACAUCUUCAUGAUCGAUGUCUCCUACAACAACAUAAAGAGCGGACUUGUCAAACUGAUAUGCGAGGAACUGAAGACGCUGCUGGAUCGACUUCCUAAAGAGGAAGGAACCGAGAGUUCAGCCAUCAGGGUGGGCUUUGUCACCUACAACAAGAUCCUGCAUUUCUACAACGUGAAGAGUGCGCUGGCUCAGCCCCAGAUGAUGGUGGUCUCAGAUGUGGCAGAGAUGUUUGUGCCUCUGCUGGAUGGAUUCCUUGUAAACUUUCAGGAAUCACGAGCUGUCAUUAAUAAUCUGUUAGACCAAAUUCCAGAUAUGUUUGGUGAUACCAAUGAGAGUGAGACCGUUUUCGCCCCAGUUGUCCAAGCAGGUGUGGAGGCUCUGAAGGCGGCCGAGUGCAGCGGCAAGCUUUUCAUCUUCCACUCCUCACUGCCUACCGCCGAGGCUCCGGGCAAGCUGAAGAACCGAGAUGACCGGAAGCUUGUGAACACUGAGAAAGAAAAGACUCUGUUUCAGCCACAGCGGGGUGUGUACGAGCAGCUGACCAAAGACUGUGUUGGCCAGGGUUGUUCUGUGGACCUGUUUGUGUUUCCUAAUCAGUACAUGGACAUCGCCACUAUGGGAAACAUCUCAACACACACUGGUGGCUCUGUGUACAAAUACAGCAACUUCCAGAUUCAGGUAGAUGGUGAACAUUUCCUCACUGAUCUAAGGCGAGACGUGGAGAGGUCCAUUGGAUUUGAUGCCAUCAUGAGGGUCCGCACAAGCACAGGUUUCAGGGCUACAGAUAUCUUUGGUGCUAUCUACAUGAACAACACCACAGAUAUAGAGAUGGCUGCUGUGGAUUGUGAUAAGGCUGUUACAGUGGAGUUUAAACACGAUGACACGCUCAGUGAGGAGUCUGGAGCACUAAUACAGUGUGCUCUGCUGUACACCUCUAUCAGUGGUCAGAGGCGGCUGCGGAUCCACAACCUCAGUCUAAACUGUAGCUCUCAGCUCUCUGAGCUCUACAAGAGCUGCGAGACGGACGCACUCAUCAACUUCUUCGCUAAGUCAGCAUACAAUGCAGUGCUGAACCAGCCUGUGAAGACAGUGAGGGAGAUUCUGGUGAAGCAGACGGCUCACAUGCUGGCCUGCUACAGGAAGCACUGUGCCAGCCCCUCUGCAGCCAGUCAGCUGAUCCUGCCUGAUGCUAUGAAGGUGUUCCCAGUCUACAUGAACAGUCUGAUGAAGUCUCCAGUGCUGGUGGGCAGCACAGAGCUCUCCACAGAUGACCGGGCCUUCCACAGACUCAGUGUGAUGUCUCUGGGAGUGGAGGAGAGCCAGAUCCUCAUGUACCCUCGUCUCAUUCCAGUGCACUCCAUGGAUGUGUCCAGUGAGGUGGUUCCGGUUGCAGUGCGCUGCUCUGAGGAGCGUCUGAGUGAGACGGGAGUGUUCCUGCUGGAGAACGGCCAGUCUCUGUUCCUGUGGCUCGGCCAGGCCUGCCCUCCUGAACUCGUCCAGAACCUCUUCAAUGUGCCGUCUCUGGCCCACCUCAGCGCUGACAUGACGUCAUUGCCCGAGCUGGAUAACGCCCACUCUAAGAAGCUUCGCUCCAUCAUUUCUACCAUCAGCCAGCAGAGACCCAACUCCAUGAAGAUGGUGAUUGUGAAGCAGAAGGACAGAUCUGAGAUGCUCUUCCGGCAGUAUUUAGUGGAGGAUAAAGGCCUGCAUGGAGGAGCGUCUUACAUGGAUUUCCUGUGCUACGUCCACCGAGAGAUCAGGCAGCUUCUCACCUAACACACACACACAUAUAUAUAUAUACACACACACACACACACACAUACAUACAAACACACAGACACAAACGCACACAUCUUGAACUUCCUACUCUUCUCAGAGCUGCCUUUUGGAUGACCCUGCUACACCUCCUCCAGGACUUUACGUACAUGUGUGUUUAUUGUGUCCAUCUCAGUCCAACUUCAGGAAUUCCAGUGUGGGAAUAUGUAACUGCAGUUUUGGCUUAUUUUUUGAUUAUAUGUAGUGAUAUAUAUAUAUGUAAAGGCUAAGCUUUUUUUUAAACAACAUAGGAAAAAAAAAACAUAGGAGGGUUGAACCAAAUCUACAUGAACCAAAUAAUUCCUAAAUGAUUUUAUCAACAGAAUAAUUAAAAUGACUGAAAAUCUAAUUCUUCACUGUGUCUUAAAAAAACACUAGCCAAUUAAAGAAAAGAAAAAGACUUUUUUUCUUUAAAUGAAUAUAAAACAAUGCUGCGUCUAUUAAAUUAAUAGAGUACAUCGUUGGAUAGUAUUAUAUUAGUCAGAAUUAUUAAAAUGGAUUCGAUGACCUGAAAUCCUGAAAUUCAUUUCAGUUAAGUUCAACAGAAUGAACAUGAUUAUAGUAUAUAAUAUUUAUUCAUUUAUUCACUAGAGCUACAGAAAAGCAUUCCAUGUUAAUUGUUUUGUACUAUGUACUUUGUCUUAAUCAUCUUCAUCAUUAUCUUGCAUUUCAUGCUGCAGUUUUGUACACCUUAAACAUUUAUUUUGUGCAUCCUGCAGUGAUGCUUGUGUGUAUUCUAGGAACCAAAAAAAGUAACAAACGUAACAUACUGUAUGAGUGAAAUCUUGUUUUUGUCUUGCAGAAGGUUGUCUGUCUUUCAGUGCUCUUGGAAAACGUCCGCUUUAAUUGUAUGGCAACCAAAGGUGGUCCAAAAAGUUUCAAAUAUUAAAAUCUGCCUUAAUUAUUAUUAUUAUUAUUACUAUUAUUUUUUUUAAAUGGUACCUCUCUAGAAGUGUACUGUAUAUUUUAUUACGAUUUGAAAGACUAUGGUUUGUAUACAAACAUACCUCAGGUAACUCAUGUACUUACCCUUUGUAGAGCACAGGAAGACAUGUCCCAUAUUUACCUGCUUAUGAUAGACUGAAAAUAGAUGGAUGUUAUUGUUGUUUUUGAUUUAGGAAAAAUGGAUUCAUUUAUUGAGAGGAGAAUGCCGUGCCAUAAACAUUUCAAUUUAAAGCCUUUAUAAAAUAUCAGAUUAAAAGUGUAGUCUUCAUUA